AUGGAAUCAAAUCUUGUCAAUAAGGAACUGUGUGACGUCCUAGAACAAUCAAAUUUAGUUACAGGUGUAAACAAUGACGAAAAAAUGGCUAAAUCGGCUACUCUUGCACCGAAUCAGCAAGUCUGCUGCUCAGUAAAUGAGCCACCAGAUAAGUUGAAUAACGACACGCCACUCCAUGAGGAGCGGAUUUCAGAAUCUAUUAGUCAACAUGAAGAAAAAGGUCUCUCUAGGGAUAUAGAGGAACCAGAUCAAACCCAUCUAUAUGUCCCCGAGUACGAUGAUUCAUCCACUUUACAACAUAGGAUCCUCAGACCUCGACGGUCUACUCAAAAGCGAUUCGUGGAGAUACAAGAGGAUGAAUGGGAAAAGCUUUUAAAUGAUGAUGUUACCCUUAAUGAAUAUGGUCCUGGUCAACAUGUGGAUAUUGAUGAAGCAUCAAGCAAUACAUGGGUUGCUGUAGAACAAAUAUUAGGUAAUCGUAAAUUAAAAAGUUCCAAGAUUACAAAAGCGAUCAGUGAAGCAGUUAAUAAUUUUUCGUCAAAUAAUAAAGAAAUCGUUGAACAAGAAUAUUUCGUUAAAUUUAUUGACCAGUCUUAUUGGCAUUGUGCAUGGAUGAGUGGAGCAGUUCUUUUCACUCUCAACCCGAGUAAAACAAGGGCUUAUUUCAGAAGUAAACAGAAUCCCAAUAAUCGGGAUUUAAACUUGGACAGCUCCAUAUUAGGUCUAAAUGAUGAAUGCAGCCGAAUGGGAAAUGAAGUUCAUGAUAAAGAACAACAAACUAAAGAUUCAAAUAACGAUGAUACUGCCUCAAAAUGCGCAGAGACUGAAUCUAAACUAACAACAUUGGUUUCUCAUUCGAGUGAAGAAGAGAGUGAUGAUGAAGAUAAUCUAAGCAAAUGGAGUACGGAUGCUGAACUGGACGUUAAUGAGUGGAUCGCCAACUAUCCAAAACGUGUUGGUUCACGUCGUCGCUAUCUUCUACGAUGGGGUGUUAAAAGUCACACACUUAUUCCCGAACGUAUUUUGGCUGUUGGGGAAACGUUCACUCCUGAGAAGUUUAGAAAGAUUGAUAGGUCAGACGAUAAAAACAAAUCUAAUCGACCACCGAAUAAAAUGAAAUGGCCAGAAUACAGAGAAGUCCUUGUCAAAUGGUUGCAUUUGCCAUAUAUUAAUGCAACAUGGGAGACAGUUGAAUCAGAUAUGUUAAGUUUAAACUCUUAUGAUCAUAAAAGUCACAGAAGUGCAUAUAAAGUUCUUGAUCCUUGCGGACGCAAUUUAUUACCACGUUUAGUGAGGCGACAUAUCAUCAGGUUAGCUGAUAGAUAUUGCUCUCGUGUUGCAACAAUGCUAUGUGAUACCUACGGAAAUCAGCUUACACCGGGAAGAAAGAAUAGAAGUACCGAAAAUUGGAAAUCAAAAUGGAUCGGUGAACAACCUACUUAUUUGUCCCCAGUUCAUCGUGGAGUCCUUCAUCCCUAUCAAAUAGAAGGUACGAGGUGGUUAUGGCAUGCAUAUCAUAAUAAUAUCAACGCCAUUCUGGCAGAUGAAAUGGGCCUGGGCAAAACUGUACAAGUGAUAGCUUUACUGUAUUCACUAUGGAAGGAAGAGAAUGACUAUGGGCCAUUUAUUAUAAUGGCACCUCUGUCAACCUUACAGAAUUGGGAAAGAGAAUUCUCGAUUUGGGCACCUGAUUUCUACAUCGUUGUUUACAGUGGUGACAAACAAGUUCGUGCUAUGCUUCGGGAAUAUGAAUUCCGUUUACGAAAUGCUGGAGGGAUACCUGCGUUCCAUGUACUUAUCACCAGCCAUGAAUUGGCUUGUAUUGAUCGUUCAUUUUUGAAGACUUUUGACUGGAGUGUUUUAGUUGUGGAUGAAGCUCACCGUCUAAAAAAUAAACAAUCUCGUUUUUUCAAAGAUACCAGUCAGUAUCAUACUAGAUUUAAAAUCCUUUUAACUGGAACACCAUUGCAGAACAAUUUAGAAGAAUUAUUCCAUCUAUUAAAUUUUGUUGAACCGAAAAAAUUUACUGAUUUUAGAGCAUUAAGUGAACAAUGGGCAGAAAUGCCGAAAGCUGAUCGUAUCAAACAUCUUCACGAUUUACUCAAGCAUCAUUUAUUAAGGCGUUUAAAGUGUGAUGUGAUUCAAGAUUUACCAAAGAAAACUGAAAUUGUUGUUCCAGUGGAUAUGACCUUACUUCAGAGACGUCUUUAUAAAUAUAUACUAACAAAUAAUUACGAAGAAUUACGUUGUGGAAAUCUAAUGAACAGCAUCAUACAUUUGCAAAAAGUUUGUAAUCAUCCAUAUUUGGUGCCAAUCGGAGAUGCUAUUGCACCACGCUUGAAUCCAAAUAAUGAAACAAAUGAGCCGUACGAACCUAAAGCUCUAGUACAAGUUAGCAGUAAAUUGGUUGUAUUAAUGGAAUUACUUCGUGGAUUGUUUGUUGAUGAUCAUCGAGUGUUGAUUUUUUCCCAUUUCACAAUGAUGUUAGAUUUACUGGAAGAAGUUAUGAUAAAUGCCAGGUAUAAAUAUGUUCGUAUUGAUGGUCGCGUGCGUGGCCCUUUAAGACAGGUCACUAUCGAUCGUUUCAACGCUCCCAACUCAGAAUUUUUUAUUUUCCUGCUAUCCACUAGAGCUGGUGGAGAAGGAAUCAAUCUUGCUUCAGCUGAUACAGUUGUGCUAUAUGAUUCCGAUUGGAAUCCUCAAUGGGAUUUACAAGCACUUUCUCGAGCUCAUAGAAUCGGUCAAUCCAAGCAUGUGGUUAUCUAUCGGUUCAUAACACGUCAUAGUAUUGAAGAGAAGAUAACUCAGCAUCAGAGACGUUCAAAGACGCGGGAAUCUCUUUCGAGUUCUGCAUCAAAUCAACAUGACCCGAUUCAAGACAAUACUUCAACAAAUCCAGACUCAAAUGUUGAUAACUCAAAAGUUAUCCAAGAUUGCGUCUCUGAAUCUGAUCAAGGUACUAAUCCUGUAGAGUCAACACAAACACAAUCUAGUACUAAAUCGGUAAGCCGGCUAACACGUUCAGAAAUGGACGAACUAUUGCGCUCAGGUGUCGAAGCUCUGUUCGCCUCAGACGAUCCUUACACUACAAAGGAUUUGUACGAUGCAGCUCGAGUAGAUGAAAUCGAAUCAAAAGAUACUAAUCAAAGAAUUGUGUACGAUUCACAGUCUAUUUCUAAAUUACUGGAUCGUUCAAAAAUGAUGGCUGAUUCAGAACAAACAGUUUCAGCUAUUGAUGAAUAUUUAAGUGGGUUUCGAGUGGCGCAUUUCGACGAAAUAAACACUGAGGCUGUAGAUGAUUCUUCAACAAAAUGUAGUGAAGAGCAGGUUAAUAGGAUGGCACUCUCUGAAGAAAAUCCUGAGUCAACCAAUCCGACCAUGGUUACCGACGGAACAUAUAAUGAAUCUAUUGGGUAUGCUGAUUUUUGGGACAAACUGCUACGUGAACGUCAUGAACGUCUCGUGAAUGCUGAAGUAGAAGCGACAAGUAAAUCUAAGAGAAGCCAUCGAACCAUGUACAGUUCAAGUGUUAGAGAUACAGUAGGUGAUAAGGCUACUGAUUUAAAUGAUAAUGUAAUUACCAACAAAGAAAUAAAACUAGAAAAGGAUGACGAGAAUUCAACUGGUUCAUGUAUUAAUGAUAAAGAAAGACUGUUUGACAGAACUGAGGCUGUACGUGAAGUGAUGAAGUUACCCUUGUCACGGAAAGAAAGACUCAAGGUUUUUAACCUCUAUCACGGAUUUGAGGAUGAAAAAUUGGGACUGUUGGUUGCUGAGCUUCAAAAUAAAUAUGGAAACGCGAGUCAGAAAAGCCUAAAGGCUCGAGCCUGUUCAUCUAAACCAAUGCCUGCUUCUGUCAAAAGAGCUCGGUCAUCGAGAGUAACUCCUAAGAGAACUCAUCGUCAAGGUGCUUUCGAGAAGUCUAAUAUAUACCACGUUACAGACUUUGAAGAUUCUUUAGAGGAAUCCUCCAUACCAGACAUUGCCAGUGAUGAUGAUCCUUCUUAUUUGCCGUCUGAUGAAACUGAUUCAGUUGAAGCAGUAAAAAAUUCACUAGCAUCAAGUCGUACUCGAAGGUCUAGCACUCAUGCGUUUUUGCCAACUUCAGAAGCUGUUGUCGACAGCAGCGACAGUGAAGAGUUUCUUCUCUGGGAAACAUCUGCCGAUGGGGUUCAUCCAGUUUGUUGGUAUCCUACAGCCGAUACCUAUGCCAAGUGGAGAGCACGAGUUUCUGAUCUUGGUCAGCAUAUUACAUGGCAUCGGAAUGAGUUAUUUAUUUAUAACUUUGGGCCUAAUGAUCGUCAGUUAUUCAACAAUGCAGUUAUGAGGUUCGGUCUUCCACCACCUGGUAUUGUCCCACCUCAAAGUUGGCUUCCGCCAGCCUUAUAUCAUAAAUCUCAAUUUCAACUGUUUGGUUAUGUAUGCCUGUACAUGAAACAUUUAUACGAUGAUCCGAAUGGAUUAGAUGAGUCUGUAGACAGUUGGUCCGAUGGUUUGCCUAAAGAACAUUUAUGCGUUCCUGCAGUGCUUUCACGUAUUGCAAUGAUGGCUUUAAUCAGAAACAAGGUUUUACAAUUUGAGGAUGCCAACGGGCCAACAAGUAUUUCUACUGAUGUUCAGAAUUCUACUUUCAAAUUUACUAUAUACGAAGGUGGAUUAACGCUAUUACGUUCUAUAUGGAAUGAAGAAUGUAAGAAAAUCAGUAAUAUUUGUCAAACAAUUCAGUCCCAUUCAGAAAUUGCGAGAAAUUCAGAAGUAAUAAUGAAAACUCAAAGAAUAUGGCAUUCACGUCAUGAUUACUGGCUACUUGCUGGUAUACUUGUUCAUGGCUAUUCUCGAUGGACCGAUAUAUUGGCUGAUCCACGUUUUUGUAUUCUUAAUUUUGGAUUAUCUGGGGUUCUAAAUAGUAUGCAUAAACUUAUGAAUUCUGAUUUAAGUUCGAAUGGCACACCGCCUACUUCUCGUCGAAUUCCUUCUGAAUCAACUGAAGUUCAAGCAUUCCUAUUAGAUCGCUUAAAAUUACUUGAACAGGCUUUAAUUGUCGAACAGACGUUGUAUGAAGUCGCUGAAGCUGCCCUUAGCAGUACCACACACGGAAAUCAACUGGACCCAGUUCGUACCAGAAAUCUGGCUAUUUGUUUGUCUGAUAAAUUAAUCCGAACUAGAGCUCGCAAACGGAUUGCUUUGCCUAAGGAUCCGAAGGCGAGAGAAGCUACACGUGCAGUGGUACAAAAUCUACAGGAACUAUUAGAAGACAUGUACGCAGAUCUUCCUGGUAUGCCCGCUUCAGUAACAUUCACCGAAGACGAUGAUUCCAAUCCAAACAAGAAAUUAACCAUAAUAUCAAGUGGAAAUAAAGAUUAUGUCGGUAUUAUUGACAGUAAUCGUUCACGUCAUUUAUCAGAAAGUAUCGCGAACAUAACGGGAGUAACUCUGUUAGAUGGUGAUGGUAUUGAACAAGAUAAUUUUGAUCAAAGCUUGCAUGGAAACAUUAAUAGUCAAGCACCUGUGGAUAAAAUAAUUUGUGCUGAUAAAGGAAGACUCCAUCCAGUUAGUUUGACAUCCCAACCAGAAACGCUUAAACUCAGCUGCUCACCACAGUGUGGAAAGGGAAUUUUUAUUGAGUUGUCAGAUGAUGAUGAGGUUGUGAGUUGCAUUCCUGAUAUGAUUGGUGCAGUUGACCAACAAGCGGACCGUAGUCUGGAAGCCAUGCAGUCUACCAUUAGUGCUUAUGAUAAUAAUGAAAACUGUAUUAUUUCAACUACCAAACCGAACGAACAAUGA